CGAGCCCGGAGGGGACGCGCCCGUGUCACCGCGACAGAAGCGCUGCGCUGAGCUGUCUGCGGGGAGCACUGGGGCUUGCCCGGCCCUGUCGGUACCUGCCCCCCAGGUGAUUCCAUCCUGCACGGGGCACCUGUGCCGAGGCUCAGACUGGAGGUGCGGCUUGAUCUUUGAGCGCCUGCUGUGUGCCGUGAAAGUAGCCUCGAGCCUCAUUUUCCUGGAACUUAACUUUCAAAGGAGGCAAACUGAUUUUUUUAAUCACAGCAGAUUAAGCUCCAUGAAGGAGCCCAGCAGGUUGUGAGAGAGCCGAGGUGGCACUGUCCCACAGAGCCCAGGGUAGGACAGAACAGGGAGGUCUGCGCCCAGCCUGGAGGCGCCUCGUGGAGGGACUUUGUGCCGUUCUCCCGGCAUUGAGAACCUUCCGUGUGAACUUCAGAGGAACUUCCAGCUUAUGCGAGAGCUGGACCAGAGGACAGAAGAUAAGAAGGCAGAGAUCGACAUCCUCGCUGCAGAGUAUAUAUCUACUGUGAAGACGCUUUCUCCAGACCAGCGCGUGGAGCACCUGCAGAAGAUCCAGAGUGCCUACAGCAAGUGUAAGGAGUACAGUGAUGAUAAGGUGCAGCUGGCCAUGCAGACCUAUGAGAUGGUGGAUAAACACAUUCGAAGGCUGGAUGCAGACCUGGCACGCUUCGAAGCGGAUCUGAAGGACAAGAUGGAGGGCAGUGACUUUGAAAGCUCUGGAGGACGAGGUUUAAAAAAAGGUCGAGCUCAGAAAGAAAAAAGGGGCUCUCGGGGUCGUGGCAGGAGGACCUCAGAGGAAGAUACUCCAAAGAAAAAGAAGCAUAAAGGAGGGUCAGAGUUCACCGACACCAUCCUGUCUGUACAUCCCUCUGAUGUGCUGGACAUGCCUGUGGACCCAAAUGAGCCCACCUACUGCCUGUGCCACCAGGUGUCCUACGGGGAGAUGAUAGGCUGUGACAACCCGGACUGUCCUAUUGAGUGGUUUCACUUCGCCUGUGUGGAUCUGACCACAAAACCCAAAGGAAAAUGGUUCUGUCCACGCUGCGUUCAGGAGAGGAGGAAGAAGAAAUAAGGCUGGUGCUCAGAGCAGAAGAGCGAGUUAACGUAUUCCGUCUUCGUGUUGCAAUAUUUUCUCUUCGUUUUAAAACUACCUUGUUUCAAACAAUAUUUAAAAACUCAGUGGCCAGUUGUAAUUCUGGAUGCUUCCUAAAACAAACAAGAAUCGUCUGAGCCCUGUUUGCACGAGGAGCGAUCUCCCGGGGACUUGCCGCAGUGACUUCACCCUUCAGACUUUGUACAGGCCCCGCGCCGAGCGUGGCAGGCACGCCGAGCUGCCCCUCCGCAGCCGGGGCGAGGGCGUCCUGGGGCUGCCCCCCCGGCUCCCCCAUGCGCACAUCUGUCCCCGCGAGGCCUUGCUGGAGGGCAUCUUCUGCGUCCGAGCUCUGCGCCCGCCGGAGCCUGCGGCCUGCCCGGGAGGACGGGCGCUCCCUGGGGGAGGGGGCUCCGCUCCACUGUGCACUGCCUUUUCCGUCCGGACUCCCAGUUCCCUCCGUGAGGGUUUUACCUUCUGGAGUAAACGGCUCUUCAUUAGCCCCCCCGGGCGGUCAUUGCCGUGACCCGCCCGCAGGAGCCGUGUGACAGCCGGCUGAUGCUCCGUUUCUCUGGGAAUUCCCCACGUUUUUACUGUGAAGAUGAAAUUAUCGUAAUAGCAUGAAGAUAGUGGGUCUGUGUGUACGUGAAGUGCGUCCAGUCCAGUAAGAGCUGAUUUUAAACCUGUCCUGUCACACACCGCUCAGCAGCUUGUGUCCACGGGGACGACAAUUAUGUGAUGCGAUUUGUGAAUUUCUCGUGCCACGGCAGUUCUGGAAUGAAGCUAGGAAACCACAGUGUGUUUUGUUUAAUAUGCAUUCACUGAAUCAAUUUUGAACCGUGUUUUAGGUAAUAGUUGGGGGACAUCGCAUACAUUUGGUGUGUUGAGAUCCAUUUGUGAUGGUGCGUAGCGGGACUCCUGGGAGCGUUCCGGACUCUCAGACCCUCAGCCUACAUGUAGAGGAGUCCAGGGAGUCCCGAGGAACGAGGGAAACCUGUUUCUGUUCCUCAAGCCAGGAAGAGAAGUCCAGGAGGUAGGGUGGCGAUGCAGAAUUUCCCAAUGAAGAGGAACCUGGUCCCUUUCUGAGGAGGCCUCUGGAACGUGCCUCCAGUGGUCUGCUUCCCCGCACGCUUCUCCUGUUCUCUGAUGUUUCUCCGGGCACAGGGGCGCCUGGGGGCUGCAUCCUGGAUGGGCCGCCCCUCGCCGACCAGCUCCUGUCGGUCAAGGACAGCUGGGACAUUACCUGGGGCGGCAGAGGGCGGCGGGGGCCUGGCUGGUGCCUGCGCCUGUUUGUUGGCGGGUCAGCCUGCGCCAGCAGCUGUGCCGUCCUGCUGUCCUUCCCGAGCGCGCCAGGAGCAGGCCUUGCCUCCAGGUGGCGGCAGGGGAGUCGGUUCGGAGAGGGCAGCCCUUUCUGUCGCGGGCCUGACGCCUUCCUGCCAUGCAGAGAGAAGGGCCGGGGGCCCGGAGGAGCGCCGGCCGCCACCAGCACCUCGGUCUCACUGCCACUGAAAACCAGGCUCGUUUGUACUUAGUAACUUAGCUCUUUGUUAACACAGGUGUUUAAAGAUUGUGGGGAAUAAAUUGAGGAAAAGUG